CUGCUCCUCCUUUCCUCCCUGCAGAGCUACUCCCGGCUGAGGCGCAGACUACACCAGAUUGCCAGCAACAUGUCUGGAGGAGAAGAAGCAUCACCAGCCCAGCCACCCAAAACCGAGGAGCAGCCACAGGAGGCAGCUAAGGAAGAAACCCCAGCGGCGCCAGAGGAGCAGCAGCAACAACAACCAGCAGCACCCGCUCAGCAGGAGGAACCCCAGCAGCCCGAGCCCACCUACCGUGCCCUGGUGCUAUCAGCUCAUGGGGGCUAUGAUAAAGUCAAGUUGGUCACUAAAAAGGGCUCCCUGGCCCCCAAGACGGGCGAGGUGCUGGUCAGGGUCAAAGCUUGCGGGCUCAACUUUGCCGACCUGAUGGCCAGACAGGGCGUGUAUGAUAGGUUGCCCUCCCUGCCAGUGUCCCUGGGCAUGGAGUGUGCCGGCACCGUGGAGGAGCUGGGCGAGGGGGUCACUGACAGAAAGGUUGGAGAUAAAGUAUUGGUCCUCAACCGGUUUGGCCUGUGGCAAGAGGUUGUAUCCAUCCCAACCAACCACACCUUCAUUAUGCCAGAGGGAAUGAGUUUUGAGGAGGGUGCUGCCUUGCUGGUAAACUACAUCACAGCCUACAUGAUCCUAUUUGAUUUUGGAAAUCUGAGACCCAAUCAGAGUGUUCUCAUCCACAUGGCAGCAGGUGGUGUUGGGACUGCAGCAACACAACUAUGUAAAACUGUGGAAAAUGUGACCAUAUUUGGAACUGCAUCAGCAGCAAAACACGAAAGUCUAAAGGAAAAUGGUGUGACCCAUCCCAUAGACUAUAGGACAACAGAUUAUGUGGAUGAGCUUAAAAAAGUCUCGCCAAAAGGUGUGGACAUUGUGUUGGACCCUCUGGGAGGUUCAGAUACCUGCAAAGCCUUCAACCUUCUGAAACCUAUGGGAAAACUGGUUAUUUAUGGUGCAGCAAAUCUCUUAACUGGGCAGAAGAAAAACCUCAUGGCAUUGGCAAAGACCUGGUGGAACCAGUUCAGCAUAAAUGCCAUGCAACUAAUUCCAUCCAACAAAGCAGUGUGUGGCUUUCACCUUGGCCACCUGGAUGAUGAAACUGAGCUCAUCACAGGGGUGGUGACCAAACUGCUUGACCUCUACAAACAGGGGAAGAUAAAGCCCAAGAUUGAUACAGUGUUUCCUUUUGAGCAGGUGGGAGAUGCUAUGAGACAGAUGCAAGAGAAGAAAAACAUUGGGAAAGUUGUUCUGGUUCCUGAAAUGCCAAAGGAAGAAGCAAAGAAGGAAGAGAAUUGAUGAUUUAUUUUUUUCUGUAGUAUAAGGGGAGGUUGUAAAGGUUGUUGCCGGUUGUGAAACAAUGUUAUACUAAUGUGCGUGGGUUUUUUUGUGGGUGGGUGUGAUUAGGCCUUGAAUAAAUCUUUUAGUUCCCAGUUAUCACCCCACUCUGGCACUUAUAUGGGUUUCUCGGAUUUCUUUAACUAGUGGAUAUUGUAACAUUCCUGUAACUAUGAAUAGCCUAAGAAUUGGCAAAGGCCUACCCAGUUUAUUUGAUCUCUUGCUGGCUCUGCUAUGGGAGGGAAACUUUAAGAUGAUCACAUUCCUUGGAUAAAUGAAUUGUAUAUGGAGAUUUACACUAAUUUUAUAUCCUGUCAGGUUCAACUAGCUUUUUGUAGAAAAUCUGCAUAUGCUUUUUAUGCAGAGAUCAUGGGACCUAUUCCUUUUUGUACACAAAUUUACAUUUUCUUUAUUUUACCAUGGGUAAAUUUAUAAAAUUCCUGCUAAAUAAACCUCUUUAUACACUAAACAUUUCGAUCAAAAUGAGGCAGUUUCUACGUUUUUUUUGUUUUUUUUUCAUGAAAUUGAAACAAGGUUUAUAAAAGGGAAAUUUAAAAUAAAAGUCAAUACUAAAAUAGACCUUCAUAUGUUGUAUACUGCAAAACAAUUCUUAUAAUUAUGGUGGCUGAUAUAUUAGUUUGCAGAAUACCACUCCAAUGACAAAACCCUUUAAAUAUUAUGCGGGUUGUAGAGAUUUAAUUUUACUAAAGGGUUUUGCCAUUGAACUAAAUGGUAACAUCAAAACAUAUGAUCUAAAGUUUAUGCAGCCGUUUCAUUGUUGAUUAAAGCUCCUGAAUCUCAAAUGUUUUAAAUGUAGGAUUUGCUGUAAUGACCAUUCAUGAAGAGUAAGGUUUUGUUUUAAUUGAAUAUUUCCAAUCUAGAACAUGUCACUUACCCAUCUGUGCCAAAGCAAUUUGCAUUAGACUUUAUAAAAUUAUUGUAGACUUUGCACUUAUUUCCAAGUUGGACUUUAGCUACGUUUUAACAGCCAUGGGGUUAAAACAAAACCUAUGACAGUUUGCAAGGAGCACUAGAACUAAAAUUACCAUGCUCCUAAGGAAUUAGGGGAAAGGUUGUUUUUUUUUUUUUUUUUUCUUCAACCCCCCCCCCCCUUAGUAGUUGUGAAAAAUAGCAUUCCAGUUAGAAAAGCUGCUAGUAAGUUUACAAACCACUAAAGUGUAUAGUUCACAUUCCAUUUCUUACCAGUUCUGUGUUUGAGACUUGCUUUAAAUCGUCAGCCUUCCUCAAAUACUGAAUGUAGUAGGGUUCGACAAGUUAUGUUCAAUGAAAUAAAAGUAAUCAAACUUUAAUCUAAUUUGGAGGGGGGAUGAAGCUUGUUUAAACUAUGCAGUUGUGAUUAAAAUCUCAGCAAUUGUGAUUCAAUUUGGGAAAUGUUGCUGACUUAAAGGGUGUUGGUGGCUAGCGGAUAGAAGUCCUGAUUGCAGCCACAGCCUUAAAGGAGCCAUAUUUAUGGCAGAUGGUGGUUCUUCCUCUAUGUAAAACUACAAAUAUACUAAGUGGAGGUUGUUAGUUUGAUUUCACCUGUGAACCUCACUCUAGUGUGUAGUUUGGUUUUGGGGCAUGUUCCCAGAUUAACCACAGGGUGCCUUAUUGCCAAAGCACAAAACUUUUUGUCUCCAUAUCUCCUAAAGCAAUGCAGAUGCAUACAGCAGAAAAGGGCUUGUUUUUUUUUGCCCCUCUAAUUUCAGUUUGAGGGUUUUUUAAGAGUGCCAAAAAUUCCUUUUUACUGCCAUUGAUGAAUUCCAAACAUAAAAGAUAAAGGAUGGAGUUUUUUGUGUUUACAAGCAACCUGUAAUGAAUAGUUUAAUGCAGUUUAUAAUCUUGGGUUUUUAUCACUACUGCACUGUACAAGUAAGUUUUUAAUCACUGAAGUGUUCAGUAGCAAGUUGCACUACUUGUUCCAUAGUCUCUAGCUAACCGUUGUUACUAUAACUGUUUUAAAAAAAAAAAAAAAUCUUUAAUUCAGGCAUUUUCUUACUGCCUGACUUAAGAAUUCCCAUGCCAGCAUUAAAUUUACCACUAAAAGCAUCUUAUCUCUAGCACUUAGUCUUGUGGACUCAGUUGAGCUUGGCACUAAUCAGAAUUAGCGUGUAAAACUAGCAUAUUUUAGUGGAAGUACCCUAAACAAAAUGAGGAACCUUCUCUUAAGAGCUCUUCCUGCUAAGAACCAUCAGCUUGUUUUUCCUAUUUAAACUGGCCACAAAAUCAGCUUGAAAGUAGCUACAUAAAAUAAACUCUGGUGGUUUUAAACUGAUGCAGAACUCCUGCAAGGUAAUUUGAACUUAAAAAGUAAAAAACAAACACCUUAUGUUCAGCCUAGUCUUCAUUAAUUUUGACUUAACUUUAAGUGCAUGUCCUGGAUAUAAAAUCCCCAUGAAUAAGGCAGAUGUUGGGAUAAGUUUGUUACUUCUCUUGCCUUUAUCUCAUGACAGUAACAUAAUGCACAAUGGCACUGGGCCGUUUCCAUUCUAACUCAAUUUUUAUUUAUUAUCUCUCCUUGGAGUAACACAGCCCAUUGAAAACCUGCCCUUUCCUUGUAAAGGGGGUAGAGACUAUCAGAAUACCAAAUUGCUGCCAUCCUCCAAAUACCAUACUGUAUAGACGGCACUGCCUAAUAGGAGGACCAUCUAUUUCAUGCUUACAAUAGAUUUAGUGGAAAUGCAUACUCUCCACUAUUGGCACACAAAGGUGCUCAGUGAACCCAAAAGUCAGUAUUUCCUGACUUAACUCCAACUCUCUAAAUGUUUGUUAAUUGUCUUUACGCAAGUCCUCUGAACACUAAUGGGGAAUAUGAAUGGGAAGAAUAACGUUACUGGUAUAAAUAUGGAAUAGUCAGUGCUUGACUGAUAACAAAUAGAAUUAACAGAUUGUCGGGAUUGAGAUGUCUGUGUUCUAGAGCAAUGUUUGGGAAAGACAAACGGGGUCCCUUUGUCAAAACAGUCUCAUCCCAUGCAAAUCUAAUUACCUAUAUAAGAAUAGGGUCUAUAGCAUACACUGCAGAAUUCAUACCAUUGGUUGUGGAGAUCUUGUUUGAAUGUAUAUAACUAGGGAACCUUAUGUCAGUCCUUUUUUAGUCAUGCUGCGGUGUAUGACCAAAAUAAAUGUCAAUGUCCAAAAUAACUAUUGAAUUUUAUUUUUUUGUCUAGUUUUAUACAUAAUUUCUACUUGGAGCAGGUUUAGGCUAUGUAGUUCCUCCUUGAUAUCUUGCAGCAUGCAUGGGAUUCUUCUGCUGGCUAGAAUAGUAAAUACUAUUACCAGAAAAACCUGAUAGAAUUUUUUCUUUUUUUAAAGAAGGCAAUUUUAAAAUGGAUAUAUAACAAUCUUUUAGAUAUUAAGCUAAAUAGAGCUGUAGCUUGAAUUGGUAAAUGCCACAUUGAAUUGAUAAAACUGCUAUUUUAAGUAAGUCUAAAUCCUAUCAUGUUUAGGGGUUAUACUGGUCAGUCUAAAAAGACUGAGUAAUGUGUGAGAGAGAGAAUGUAGUUGUGGGAUAGUUGAUGUGAAAUUGGCAAGCUCUCAAGGCUCGCAUUCUUCACCCCACCCCAAAAUAAAACCCAAAAAUGUUGCGUUUGAUUGUAAAUACUUGUCGUUUGUGUGAUUUCUUAUCACUAUGGAAUUUACUGCCAAAAUACCCAUCUGUAAUGGCAAUUUCUUUAACGUCUGUGUCUGUAAACAAAUGUAUUUGAAUCACCACUGUGGCCCUGCUGGCUGAUGUAAACACACAUCUGCUUGCUCAGCCAGUGUAGAACACCUAGCCCUUACAAGGAACAAGAGCUGCCUCAUUUCUUGCAAAAUACUGUGGCAGUUUGUGUUUUGUAAAAAUAAAUAAAAAAUUCCUCUCCAAUUUUACUUUCAUGUUUUCAGUUUCUCAUGCAAUGAUUUAUGUGAGUUCUUUGUGCUGGUUACUGCUUGCUUGGUAGACAGUACACAUAGAGGAGAUGCCACUGGCAUGGAUGUUAAAUUUCCUACUAUACGAUGUUUGCAGCACUCGUAACUUUGCCAGUCAAUGUGAAAAAUCUUGACAAGCUGUGAAAAUAAAGAAUUGAUCUGGAGAUGACAUGAGCCUUUUUUUGACCAUAUGUAUAGACAUUGUAACUACUUUGUAUCUGAAAGUACAGUAUACUAGACUAUCUGGUUUAGGUUGUGGUAGGCUUACACCAGGAGAGGAUGCAGCCUUCAUCCUGCUUCUGAAAUGGUCAAAAAUGGGUCUAAUGUUGCAGUAAUAUUGUGACUAAUUUACUCCAUUUUUUUUUUUUUGGCAUUAGCCGAUGAUGUGUUUACAUUUUUAUCAAUAAUAUUGAGACGUUCCACAGAUCCAAAGAGGGGGGAAAUGAUGUAGUGUUAAUUUCAGCUUUAAAAUCGUAAAAUGCCUGUUGCACCAUUCCAGUUGCAUCUAUAGUCCUCACUGUAAACUUCCACUCUGCAUUGCAAAUAGUUAACUGGUAACCAGCUAAAAAAAAAAAAUCUUUACUAAAAGUUGGUCCUCACAUUUCUGGUGGGUGUCUGGUUUGUGUAUUUUUUGUUUUGUUUAACCUCUUUAAAUUCCUUGCUUUUUGUACUUGUAAAAGUUGAACAAAAAUAAACUUGUGUGCCAAUGCUGUUUACAUGAGCCUAAAGUGUAAUGCUUUUAUGCCUAAUGUUGCCGUUUGCCUUACAUGUUUCAAAUGUCAAUUAAAAGCAUAAUAAAAUCAA